AAGCCGACCUCGGCGGCUUCGCCUUGCAUUUUCACUUUCAGAUCUCCUCUUCCACUUUGAUUUGGGAACAUUAUUCCACCUCGGCAACAUACGGUUGAAAGAUAUGGCAGAAGCAAAACCAGGAUUGAGGAAGCCAGUCUUCACCAAGGUUGACCAACUUCGCCCAGGCACAAGCGGGCACACUCUAACUGUGAAAGUGGUCAGCACUAAGAUGGUGCUACAGAAAGGUCGUGCUGAUGGCCCUCAACCUCGUCAAAUGCGAAUUGCUGAAUGUUUGGUGGGUGAUGAGACAGGAAUGAUCAUAUUCACUGCAAGGAAUGACCAAGUGGAUAUGAUGAAAGAGGGUUCAACCGUCACCCUGCGCAAUGCUAAAAUUGACAUGUACAGAGGAUCCAUGAGACUUGCUGUGGACAAGUGGGGCCGUGUUGAAGUUGCAGAGCCUGCAAACUUCUCUGUUAGGGAGGAUAACAACUUGUCACUGAUCGAAUAUGAACUGGUGAAUGUCGUUGUGGAGUGAACUUGCAAUUUCUACUGUCUUCUAAUGAGAAUAAAACAAAGCGAGCAGGGUAAUCUACUUCUAUCUAUGGACAUCUGUUCAUGCUCAUGGAAAUUCACUUUAGGAAAGAGAUUUGGGAAACUGGUUGUACCAAGAUGCUUCAUACUGCUGCAGCUUCGUGGAUGGAUCCUUUUGCUUGAACCACUAAAACAGGUUAUAGUAGUUCGUGGUGCAAAAUAAGGGAUUGCCUAUAUGCCUUCCAGAUCUUGUCUUUUUGUUUUACUGUCUAUUUAAUUCUGGAUUCUGCAUAUUUAUGAGAAUAUAAUAUGUAUGGAAGGUCAGUGUCUAUACUUAACAUGAUCCCAUCUUCUGACUCUGUUGUUCCAUUAUCUUUUGCCUGCCAUAUCACUUUUCUUCUUCCUCAAUGCAA